CCUCUGAGAGAGAAGGCCACACAAACAAUACACACGAUAUUGUAACGCAGCAUAUGGCAUUGUUUCUAUCAAGAUACGCUCCUCUUGUACUCUGCAAUUGCAUCUCUCAACAAUCUUCACUACUUCUCCUCCAUUAACCACCGUUUUCACUACCCACCACAACCCAUUCGUUCUCCCUAAUGGUAACGGCUAUUUUUCUAUUCUCUAUUUGUUAUGCCACCUUCUUCACCUUUGGUCUAUGCGACGCCGUUCCAUUGUCGGAGAUCCAAGCUUUGACUUCGUUCAAGCUCCGUCUCCAUGAUCCCCUUGGCGCAUUGGACGGCUGGGAUGCUUCCACGCCUUCAGCUCCAUGUGACUGGCGCGGCAUUGUCUGUUACGAUAAUCGAGUUCGCGAGCUUCGUUUGCCACGGCUCCAACUCAGCGGAACUAUCAGUGAUCAGCUCGCUAACCUGAGCCAGCUGCGGAAGUUAAGUCUUCACUCUAACAACUUGAAUGGCUCUAUUCCUCCUUCUCUCUCGGAAUGCUCUCUUUUACGCGCCGUUUACUUGCAGUACAACUCACUCUCCGGUGGCCUUCCGCCGUCGAUCGUUAACCUCACUAAUCUUCAAGUCCUUAAUGUAGCUUACAACUUGUUUUCCGGAAAAAUCCAUGGCGAUAUAUCACAUUCCCUCCGAUACUUUGAUAUAUCCUCAAAUGCUAUCUCCGGAGAGAUACCAGCCAACUUCUCAAUAGAAUCUCAGCUUCAGCUUAUCAAUUUAUCCUAUAACAAGUUCUCCGGUGAAGUUCCGGCGAGCAUUGGUCAACUUCAAAAGCUGGAGUAUUUAUGGCUAGACUCCAAUCAGCUGUACGGUACUCUGCCAUCGGCGAUAGCCAACUGUUCUUCGCUUAUACACUUGAGUGCUGAAGAUAAUGCGCUUAGAGGUUUGAUUCCAGCGACCAUUGGUUCAAUUCCUAAACUAGAAGUGCUAUCUUUAUCGCAAAAUGAACUCUCCGGUUCUGUUCCUGCAAGUAUUUUCUGUGAUGUUUUGGGUAAUUUUUCUUCGGUGAGGAUGGUUCAGUUGGGGUUCAAUGCAUUCACCGGUAUUGCUAAGCCGCCAAAUGGAGGAGGCUGCGUUAGUGUUUUGGAGGUCUUAGACAUUCACGAGAAUCACAUACAAAGCAUGUUUCCAUCUUGGUUGACUAAUAUGACGGCGCUUAGAGUGAUUGAUCUUUCUGGAAACUUCUUUUCUGGUGCUUUACCUGCUGGGAUUGGCAAUCUUUUGAGGUUGGAUGAAAUAAGAGUAGCUAAUAAUUCAUUAACUGGUGAUAUUCCUUUUCAGAUUGUAAAAUGCAGUGCCUUACAAGUUCUUGAUCUGGAAGGGAAUAGGUUUUUGGGUGGUAUUCCUGUUUUCUUGAGUCAACUAAGAAACUUGAAGUCGUUGUCUUUAGGAGGGAACCUCUUGUCCAGUUCGAUUCCGCCUGGCCUUGGAGAUCUUUUGGAGCUUGAAUCAUUAAAAUUGAAUAACAACAAUCUCACGGGUAAUGUACCAGAGGAGUUAUUCAAACAUAGUAAUCUGAGUAUUUUGAAUCUCGGCUAUAAUAAAUUUUCCGGAGAGAUUCCUUACAAUAUUGGUUACUUGAAAGGUUUGCUGGUUUUGAAUUUGAGUGCCUGUGGGUUUUCUGGGAGGAUUCCUGUGAGUAUUGGGAGUUUGUCGAAACUCACCACUCUGGAUUUAAGUAAGCAGAAUUUGUCUGGCGAUUUGCCAAUUGAGCUCUUUGGGUUGCCAAGUCUUCAGGUUGUUGCUUUGGAAAAUAACAAAUUAUCUGGAGAUAUUCCUGAAGGUUUUAGCAGCUUAGUUAGUCUGCAGUAUCUCAAUCUCACUUCUAAUUCUUUCACUGGUGCAAUUCCUGCAACCUACGGAUUUCUAGGUUCACUAAUUGUUCUCUCAUUAUCCCAGAAUAACAUUUCGGGUGUAAUCCCAGCAGAGCUUGGUAAUUGUUCUGGCCUUGAAGUGCUUGAACUUCGUUCAAAUCAUUUGAAGGGCAACAUUCCCGGAGAUAUCUCUCACUUAUCUCGUUUGAAGAAUCUUGAUUUGGGCCAGAAUAAUUUAACCGGUGAAAUCCCAGAGGAGAUUGACAGAUGCUCCUCUCUAGUUUCCCUUUUUCUGGAUGCUAAUAACCUUUCAGGCCAUAUACCAGAAUCAUUCUCCAGGUUGUCAAAUCUAACAGUCUUGAAUCUUUCCUCCAACAGCUUGAAUGGGACCAUUCCAGCGAAUCUUUCUCAGAUCUCUAGCUUGAGAUACUUAAAUUUAUCGAGUAACAAUCUUGAGGGAGAGAUUCCAAAAUUGGUCGCCUCUCGAUUCAACGAUCCCUCUGUGUUUUCUAUGAAUGGAAGAUUAUGUGGGAAGCCACUGGAUAGAGAAUGUGCCGAUUUAAGAAACAGAAGAAGGAAAAAACUAUUUCUAUUCAUUGGUGUAGCUGUAGCUGGCUCUUCCCUUUUACUGUUGUGUUGCUGUGGCUACAUUUACAGCCUCUUACGCUGGCGCAAGAGGCUUAGACAAGGUGUAACUGGUGAAAAGAAGCGAAGCCCAGCUCGAGCAAGCUCGGGAGCAUGCAGGGGUCGUGGAAGCGGUGAGAAUGGAGGGCCAAAACUAGUAAUGUUCAAUAACAAGAUAACAUAUGCAGAAACGUUGGAAGCAACAAGGCAAUUUGAUGAGGAAAAUGUGUUAAGCAGAGGAAGAUAUGGGCUCGUAUUCAAGGCCUCAUAUCAAGAUGGAAUGGUGCUUUCAAUCCGUCGCCUCCCUGAUGGAUCAAUUGAAGAAGGCACUUUUCGUAAAGAAGCAGAAUCACUAGGGAAGGUGAAGCAUCGAAACUUAACAGUUUUGCGCGGCUACUAUGCAGGACCACCUGACGUAAGGCUGCUUGUUUAUGAUUACAUGCCUAAUGGAAACCUAGCUACUCUCCUUCAGGAAGCUUCCCACCAUGAUGGGCAUGUUCUAAACUGGCCAAUGCGUCACUUAAUUGCUUUAGGCAUUGCCCGUGGCUUAGGUUUCUUACAUUCAGUCUCAAUGAUCCAUGGUGAUAUUAAGCCGCAAAAUGUUCUUUUUGAUGCUGACUUCGAAGCACAUUUGUCAGAAUUCGGGCUAGACAAAUUAACAAUAGCAACACCAGCAGAAGCAUCGUCAUCUUCCACCAUCCCAAUUGGAUCACUAGGCUAUGUACCACCAGAAGCAGCAUUAACAAGACAACACACAAAAGAAGCUGAUGUGUACAGUUUUGGGAUUGUACUGUUAGAGAUCCUAACAGGAAGGAAGACAAUCAUGUUUACCCAGGAUGAAGAUAUUGUCAAGUGGGUUAAAAGGCAAUUGCAAAGUGGACAAAUAUCAGAAUUACUGGAACCACGGUUACUUGAGCUAGACCCUGAGUCAUCAGAAUGGGAAGAGUUCUUGUUAGGAGUCAAAAUUGGGCUUCUUUGCACUGAACCUGAUCCACUCGACAGACCAUCAAUGGCUGACAUUGUUUUCAUGCUUGAAGGUUGCAGGGUUGGACCAGAUAUUCCCUCUUCAGCUGAUCCCACCACACCAACGUCUACGAAGAUAUUGUACAUUGCUUUGACCCUACGACGCCGUUGAAGAAGUUUAGCUUAGGUCGACUUCGAAUGUCAAAAAAAAAUGCAUUUUCCGUGAUUCCUUCCGUAGGCGACAUGGAAUUUCAAUUCCCGCCAAAAGCGACACGUGGCGAGAUUUGGUGGAGGGUAAAAGUAGCCGUUAAUGCGAGUGGUGAAACCGCAGGUGGCUUUAUCGAAAAAGA